UGCUCAGUUGAACUCUGAACCUGUUCCGGUGCGGUGUCGUUGUGUCCUGAGGAUUUCCGGCUGUGGAAAACCGACCCCGCUCAAUCAAACGAAACCCGAACGGUCUGCUCUCAACCCCCUGUUUGUAAAUCAACACGAAUAGCUCGGAAACAACGAUGCCUCAGCAAGACGAAUCGUCGAGCAACCCGGCGGUGAUGGCGUACAACGCGGUGUUGGUGCUGUUCGACGUGCUGGUGUUCCUCGCCAAAUCGAUCUACGUGGUCAUUCGUGGUCUGAUCGAGAUGGUGGUUUUGCCUCCAGCCCGGGAUGUCAGCGGUGACAUCGUGCUCAUCACCGGUGCCGGCCACGGUAUGGGCAAGAAUCUGUCACUCCAGUACGCCCAACUCGGCACCACUGUCGUGUGUGUCGAUAUCAACGAGAAGAUGAACGGGGACACUGUCGCUGCUAUCAAGGCGAAAGGUGGCAAGGCCUUUGGCUACACCUGCGACGUCACCAACCGUCAGCAGGUGAUCGAUACGUGCAAGAAGAUCCGCGACCAGGUCGGCAUCGUUAGCAUUCUGAUCAACAAUGCCGGUAUCAUGCCGACCCACUCAUUGCUGCAACAGACUGAGAACGAGAUCCGUAAGACGUUUGACAUCAACGUGCUGGCGCACUUCUGGUUCAUUCAAUCGCUGCUGCCAGACAUGCUGAAGCAGAACCGCGGCCAUAUUGUGGUGUUGUCGUCGAUCGCCGGUAUGAUCGGAUUCAAAUACCUGGUGCCGUACUGUGGCACGAAGUUUGCCGUACGUGGUAUCAUGGAGGCGCUGUCCGAGGAGUUGCGCGCGGAUCCGGCCAAACCGAACAUCAAGUUCACGACCAUCUACCCGUACAUGGUUGACACGGGCUUGUGCAAGCGACCGUACACACGCUUCCCGAGCCUUCUGAAGAUGGUGAAGCCAGACGAAGCGGCAGCUGCCAUUAUUGACGCACAGCGACGUGGUCUUAUUGAGGCGUCCAUUCCGAAGUACCUGCUAUACCUGAACACCUGGUUCCGCAACCUGCCACUGCGCGUUGGGCAGGAGUUUGGCGAUCUGCUCGACACCGGUCUCCAGUCGGACUUGUAAAGGGCCUAGGAAUGGGAUCGAACAGCUUCCUACU